AUGAGGAAACCAGAGGGUAAAAGGGUUUCCGGCAUUAAUUCCGUGGCAUCAGGUCUCUUACAUCACUCUGCGAGUAGUGAUGGAUUGAGCUUGGAAGAGAGAAGGCAAAUGGUUCAUGAAAUCGCUCAAUGCUUAAAGGACGCUCCAACUGUCCUCAAGUCAUUCAAAAAGAAAGAACUUGAAGAGUUAAUUUAUGCUGAAAGCAAGGAGCGCAAGAUUUAUGGAUAUACUAAACCCAAAAUGAUAGAGUACCUUCUAAAGUUAGUUUCCAAGAACAAGGAAACUGCCAAUGAGCUACCUCCUGUUUCACCAGUGCAAGAUGAAAAAAGGUUAAAUAAGCAGCAGAAGAACAGAUAUCUAUCUCAGCUACCUGUUGAAUCUAACAAUUCUCAGGGGGAACCAGUGAGGACAGACCAAGAACUUGUACUAUGUCCCAACUUAGCAUGCAGAGCUUCUCUAGAUGCAGAUGAUAUGUUUUGCAAAAGAUGUUCUUGCUGCAUCUGUCAUCAGUAUGAUGAAAACAAGGAUCCUAGUCUGUGGUUGACUUGUGAUAAUAAUUCUCCGGAGAAAGACGAGCCUUGUGGAAUAUCAUGCCAUCUGAAAUGUGCUCUUGAGCAAAAACCGCGUGGCGCUUUAAAAAAAGAUUCCUCUGGAGAUCCAGAUGACAUUUUCUGUUGUAAUUCUUGCAGAAAGCCUUAUGGUGUGAUGAGGACCUGGAGAAAGCAAUUGGUUGCUGCUACAGAGGCAAGAAGGGUUGAUGUGCUGAGUCAAAGACUAUCCCUAAGCUACAAAAUUUUGGUUGGAAGUCAUAAAUUUGAGAGAUUGCGGAAAAUUGUCAAAUCUGCCAUGACAGCUCUUGCUAAUGAAGUGGGGCCUCUUCAUCAGGCAUCGGCAACUAUGGAUCGAAGAAUUGUUAAUAGGCUCUCUUGUGGUGCUGAGGUUCAGAAGUUAUGUGCAUCUGCUAUAGAAGCCUUUGAUUCCAUGGUGGUUGGUCAAAAUUUCAAUCAAAUAGAUAAACAAGAAUCACCAGAAUGCAAAGUACACUUUGAGGCAUCAUCUCCGACUAAAGUAGCCAUUAUCUUGGAGUAUGAAGAUCAUAUGUUCAAGGAUCUAUUAGGCUGCAGAAUUUGGCAUCGAAAAUCUAGAAUGAACUAUCCUGCGAAACCAACUUAUGAUGUACCUGGGCCUGUAAAUAGAUUUGAAUUGUGUGAUCUCGAUCCAUCAACUGAGUAUUUCUGCAAAGUUUCUUUCUUCAACAAAAAUGGAGCUUUGGGGGUUUGGGAAGCUAACUGGAAAACUCUUGAACUACCGGUGGAUCACGUAGCAGUGAGAGAAAAUGCGAAUGCACUUAAUCCCCAUGCUCAGACGAGGACAGAGUCAAUGAGUUCUAGUGACAGCAAAGUUGCUCUCAGUGAUGAUCUAUCAAAGGAACCAUCAUUUGAUGACUCUAGAAACAAACAUGAACAGUCACCUACAUUGCCUAUUCCCGAGAAGCAUGUUUCUUUAGCAAGUCCCACUUCUAAUGCUCCUUCAACGCCAUGUAAAUCUGAUGGAACUCAGGGAGUGCCACAUCUAGGUAUCCAGAGGCAGUUGAAGGAGACUGAUUAUGAGUAUGCUGUGAGAGUCAUUAGAAAAUUGGAGCAUGAAGGACACCUAGGAUCUGAUUUCAGGGUGAAGUUUCUUACCUGGUUUAGCUUGAAAGCAACGUUGCAAGAGAAAAGGGUUGUCAGUGUUUUCAUAGACACAUUCUCUAAUGAUCCAGAUAGCUUGGCUGGGCAGCUUCUUCAUACUUUCAAGGAUGAAAUCUGCAACGAGCAGAAGCUGGCUUGUCCACCCAGAUUUUGCUCUAGGUUGUGGCACUAG